AUGACUUCAAUAGAUUUUACUAAAAAAUCGAUCGUUUUUGUUACGGGAGCCUCUCGGGGUAUUGGUAGAUCAAUAGCUCUUGAGAUAUCUCGAAAAUUAGACCAACAAUCAAUAAUGGUUCUACUAGCAAGAUCCAAAGCAGGACUAGCAGAAACCAAAGCUCAAAUCGCUGAGGUGGACAAGUCCAUUACAGUCCAAACAUAUUGCAUAGAUUUCUCGAAUCCAAAGGCUGACGAUUAUGAACAAAUCUUCAACCAAGUAUUAUCUAGUGUGGACACAAAAGAUAUACAAUAUGGUAUUAUCUUUCAUAAUGCUGGGCAUGUGGGUACUGUUAAAAAAACAUCAGAUCUAACUGAUCUUGUUGCUUGGAGAGAGCAUUUUGAUAUUAACUUUUUCUCUUUAGUAUUGCUGAAUAGUGUCUUUAUAAAACAAAUUCAAUCUAUGGCAUCACAAUUGUGUAUAAUAAACAUCAGUUCUUAUGCUGGAAAGGGACCUCUAGCUAACUUAGCAAUGUAUGGAUCUGGUAAAGCUGCAAGAGAAAUAUUUUUCAAAGUUUUGUCCAUAGAAGAACCAAAUAUUUUUGUUAUAAAUUACUCUCCAGGACCAGUUGAUACUGAUAUGUUUAAUACUAUUGUCAACACUGCUCAAUCUGAUGAGGUUAAAAAAUCAUUUAAGGAGAUAAAGGAUACAAGUGUACUAACUCCUCCUGUUACUGUUAAUAAAAUGUUGGAUAUACUAGAGAAGGGUGAUUUUAAGACAGGAGAUAGUAUUGAUUACUAUGACAGAUAA